UGAUAUGACAAGCGAAGGAAGGGAAAUUGGGCAAGAGCGCGAGGGUUUUUCCGCAAGAAAUAUUUAUUGCUUGCUUCAUUUCUUCUUGUCUUUGGAGAUUUCUGAACUCUCUGGAAUCCCAGGGAAACGAAGAACUCGCUGUCCAUCGAACACACCGACAGUUUCCGCCGACAUUUCUGUUUCCGGUGAAACGUUUCAAAAGUUGUCUAUUUCGUCCCGUCAAGAAAUUAACUACAAUACUUUGUACACCGAAUAGCUUCUUAUUUCUGCAAUUAAAUUGUCUGACUAGACGGCUUUUUAAGAUCAUCAUGCAAGCUUCCGAUGCAGAGUGCCCGUUGUGCAUGGAACAGUUGGAAAUUGACGACGUCAAUUUCUUCCCUUGCACUUGUGGAUAUCAGAUCUGCAGGUUUUGCUGGCAUCGUAUUAGAACAGAUGAGAAUGGUUUAUGUCCUGCUUGUAGGAAGCCCUACAGUGAAGAUCCUGCAGUUUAUACCCCCCUAUCACAAGACGAAAUACAGAGAAUUCUGAAAGAGAGGAAACAGAAAGAUGUACAGAGAAAACAGAAAGUAACUGAGAACAGAAAACAUUUAGCAAAUGUGAGAGUUGUACAGAAAAAUUUGGUAUUCGUAGUUGGAUUAACUCAAAGAUUAGCAGAUCCUGAGCUUCUUAAAAGACCAGAGUACUUUAGCAAGUUUGGGAAAAUACACAAAAUUGUUGUGAAUAACAGUACAAAUUAUGCAGGACCCCAGGGUCCCAGUGCGAGUGCUUACAUUACAUAUGUGAAAGAAGAGGAUGCAAUUAAAGCGAUAAUAGCCGUGUGUAACACUCAUCUUGAUGGGAGAACACUAAAGGCAUCUCUGGGGACAACAAAAUAUUGUAGUUACUUUCUUAGAAACAUACCCUGUCCUAAAAUGGAUUGUAUGUAUCUUCAUGAGUUAGGUGAUGGAGCAGGAAGCUUUACAAAGGAUGAAAUGCAGGCAGGAAAACAUCAAGAAUAUGAACAGCAGUUGAUUGCUUUUUAUUCGAAGAAAAUGGGUCUUAGCAAUGAUAAGGAUAAAAAUGAAGAGUGGCCAGUUGAAGAUGGUGGUGAAAACAGAGUAUCCCCUCAUCUUCCUUCAGGAGGAGCUUGGGCUGGCAAAGAUGAGGACGAAGAAGGAGUUACCUGUCAAAAUAUUUCAGAGAAUGAAGAUAGUUCAGUUCGAGAUAGAAAGGUGGAGGACUGGGAGGAAUUGUGUCUCCCAUCUGCUACUACAACUACAACAGAACAUAAGCCAUCCGAUACCAUAAGACAAGAACAACCAGCAAACCCUCCACAGUCAACGUACAGCAAUGCUGGUUGGGGAAAUACAGAAAGUGCUGGACGUGCUUUAGAUACCUCUGGUCUGUUCUCUGCUGAUCUCUGCAGUGGUCUGGGCCUUUCUAACUUACAUCUGAAAGUUGAUGGUGAAGAUGAUUUAGGUUUUGAUCCUUGGAAUGAGUGCAGUAAAGGUUUGGCAGAUCUUCUUCAAGAGGAAAACAAAACAACAGUGCCUGGACAGACACAUAACAUUUCCACAGCUUCACAACCACAAAAUUUUGUCUCAGGAUUUCCACCAAAUAGCAAUGAAAUCAAAAACUGGCAGGAUGGACUCAGAGCACUUUUACCAAACAUAAACAUAAAUUUCUCAGAUUCUCUGUUAUCUCAACAACAAACUUCUUGGCAUCAUUCAGCACCUUUGACAGAACAGCAUUACCCUGACUGGCCUUUUUUUUCACAGCAAGCACAAAGCCCAUUCCAAGUACGCCCUCCUCCAGGAUUUGAAUGUAAAUCACCUACAAGCCACCACAUGCCAAUGCUUGAUGAUCCAGGUAUUUUAUGGUCAAAAGCACUUGACACAGGCAAUCCUCGAGGAAACAAUCUUGCAAGACCAGUUUCUAAUGGAUAUCCAGGAAUGCAUCCUUUUAGGAGACAAGCAGAACCUCAGAGCACUGCGGCAGUCUCGUCAGCAGAGAAGCUGAAGGAGAGCUCAAGUAUCGAAUCCUCACAUGAGGAAGUUAACUCUGGUACAAGAACAAAAGAAUUACUACCAGUCUCGGAGCCUUUAGCAGAUGAUAUAACAAUUACAAUGACGGAAGGAACUCACGGAGUUAACCCGUCAUCAGGAUUAACAAAUUGUAUCAAACAGCGCAAAACAAGAGUGAGUGAGUUAUCCAUCAUCGACGUCAACGACCCUCUUCCAACUCAUUGUGCGAAUUCGUUGUUGGAGCACAACACUGAAAAGAAAAAACGGGACAGCAGAAUACAGGAGACUAACAGACAAUACAAACAUGGGCAAAUCCAAGGAGUAAAUAAGAGAGACGAGAGACAGUCUCAACAGAGUAGACAUUCAGGUACCAAGACCAGACAAAGUGAGACAACAGGAGGCUCUACCAGGAAACAAACUCAUUCUCAUCAAGACAGUGAUAAUUCCCAUAUGAAGGCAGUUCCUUCUCAGUAUUAUGAUAAAAGAAGAAAAGAUUACACAAGUGGAUCUGUGGGAUAGAGGAAUUGUGUUGGAAAAGAGCAAUAAAGUACAAGCUGAAAUUGACUUAACACUGAGUGGCUUGUGCAGGGUUUGGACAGAAAAGUCACUGACGCACUGAAGCAAAUCAAGGUAAUGAGUGCGAGGUAUGGGUUUCAAGUCAGCCUUCAGAAACUGCAAAACAAAUUGAAACAAUGCGAUCAACAGAUGCCUUUUCGUUAGGUGCAAGUUCACACUAUGAAUGUUCUGGUGAACCCACGGUGUAAAGGCACAACAUUAAUUUUUGCACUCCUAUAAGUGAUUGGUGAGAAAAAUUUCCUAACAAUGCCAAUAUAUUGCCAACCAGGCAGGUUACAAGAAUCGAGAAAACUAUCAGCGUGGAGAUUUUUUGACUUAACUGCAAUUCUCAGCACUAAUCAGUGAAGAAACGUACAAUAUUCACCAGGAGAAGUUAGUUUUUAUAUAUCUGGAGUAAAAGUUUUUUUUUUAUUUUAUGCUAACUGUCGGCUUACCUUGUUUUAGCUUCUAACCAACCUGUUCACAUCUUGCCAAGUAUUCUUAAGUUUUAAGAAUACUUAAAAAGGAAAGGUUAUCGUAGGCAAAGCUUGUUUAACGUUGAAUAUUCCAACUGAAAAAAAGUUUCCAUCUCUGUCACGAUGAUGUACCAGGAAACAGGAAAGCCGAAAACCUGUCUCUUGACAAGGUGAUGUGUUUGAAUAUUAGGAUAUCUUUUACCAUUAACUAUUGCUCCUUGCAAUUUGUCCUGUCUAACUUCCAUCAGCGUUUUAAACAGUGAUAGCUGUCUGUGUUGACAUGGUUCUUGAGAGAGAAAAGUUACCAACAGACAGACACCUUACAGGUCAUUUGCCGUCACAUUCCUCCUAAUGUCGGUCUGCGAGAUCCUAUAAUUUAUAUAGCGACAAAUCACGUUGGACGAGAAAGGGGUGAUAAAACUUCUCAAGCUAUCUUCGGAAGAAGUGUGUCUAAUAAUUCUGUCUUAGAAUGCAUGCAGUAAAUUUCUAACUCUUGGAUUUGGCCUCGCUUGCGAGUUUGGCACCGUAAAGAGACGAAUCCCAGGUUGGGAUUUGGUUCCAUGCCCACUCUGUUAGCAGCCAUUCAACAAGUAGGAAAAAGACUGUUUGUUAGUCUCCUGUUUAAAGUAAACUAUAAAAUAAUAAAUGAGCCAAUUUACUGAA